AUGACUUCGGUCAUUUCCCAGUCUAUUGCCCAAGCCCUUGCAACCCAUCCAGCUGCCUCUCCCACCCCACAGCCCGCUACGGUUUCUAAACCUACCGGGCCAGGGCCUGCCUCCAGAACACGCUUGACUGGUGACGUUGUCUCCACCAAUGUUGGCGCGCUGGGUUCGCGCAAGAGAGCCUGUACGCGUCAGGCAGAACAUACGCGCAGUUGGAAAAGUGCUAGAGCACUGCAGGAUACAGCUUCCGGCUCUGAAGUCGGUUCUGAUGAGGAGGCCAUAGAUGACGCCUUUGAGGAGGCAGAGGACGACCCUUCUGGGGUCAUAGAUUCAAACCCCUUACCCGGGUGCAGCUCCAUGCUUUCGGCAGCAGACGUGUCCUUGACGGACCCAUCAGGGGAACCGCUCUUUGACCCGGAUUCCCUACACCACCCUCGGUCUGCGGAGUGGUUGCCGUUGGAGCAUGUCUCCAAAUAUUUGGAGGCCCGAGUGCGUUGCCCCCUCUCCAAAGAGGCGCGCAACAAGCUUAGGGCGGAAUGCCCCAGACCCGUUAUUCCCAACAGGGUGUGCGAGACUCCAGCGGUAGACCCUAAAAUGACCCAAUUCCUCACCAAAUCUGGGUGGAAUCCGAGGAAGGGUCUGGAGUCGGCCCUGCGUGCCUGUCAGGACAAGCUCCUGGACAUAUUUGGCCCCCUGGCAAAGAUUUUUGACCUGGCCGAGGCUGCCAAGGCAGAGGGUAAACAGGUAGACCCUCUAGAGCUGCGCGAGUGGGUGCAGCGCGCGAUUUGCGUGGCAGGUAACGUCAACACGUCCCUGGCCAUUGAACGGCGCAAGGCCAUACUUUUCAAGAUUGAGCCUAAACUCUCCAACUUGGCGCUCACUGAAGCCGACAAGGAGUUGAUUGUCUUGGCGGAAUAUCUUCCGGGCGUCCAGAACAUUCGGGCGGAUUGGAGCUCUCGAUAUCUCUCCGACUCCAGCGACUGGCAGGAUCAGUUUGAUAACUUGGAGAAGCACACGCAGUGGGGGAUCGAGGUGCUGGAGAAAUACAUCAAGUUUGUGAAGGAGCGAGCGGAGAUCGAGAUCAACUAUGCAAAACAGCUGCGAAAUCUUUCAAAAAAAUAUCAAACAAAGAAAAACUCCAAAGAAGAGGAAGAGUCCAAGUACACGUCGUGUAAAGCCUUCCAGACCACGCUGAACGAGACGAACGACUACGCCGGGCAGCACGAGGUCAUCUCCGAGAACAUGACGUCCAUGAUCAUGGCGGAGCUGACGCGCUUCGUGCAGGAGCUCAAGCAGGAGAGGAAAUCGCACUUCCAUGAGGGUCGCAAGGCUCAGCAGCACAUGGAGACCUGCUGGAAGCAGCUGGAGUCGAGUAAGAGAAGGUUUGAGCGGGACUGUAAGGAGGCGGACCGGGCGCAGCAGUACUUCGAGAGGAUGGACGCUGACAUCAAUGUCACGAAGGCCGAUGUGGAGAAAGCGCGGCAGCAAGCGCAGAUACGUCACCAGAUGGCCGACGACAGCAAAGGAGAUUACUCGUCCGUCUUACAGAAGUUCAACCACGAGCAGCAGGAGCACUACCACACGCACAUCCCCGCCAUCUUCCAGAAACUGCAAGACAUGGAGGAAAAGAGGAUAUCAAGGCUGGGCGAGUCGCUGAAAUCCUACGCAGAAAUAGACCGCCAGGUGAUCCCCAUCAUCGGGAAAUGUCUGGACGGGAUCACGAAAUCCGCAGAAUCCAUCAACGGGAAACAGGACUCCCAGACGGUGAUAGAAUCCUUCAAGUCCGGCUUUGAGCCUCCUGGAGAAGUGGACUUUGAGGACUUCACCCAAUCUAUGAAGCGCACGGUGUCGGACACCAGCCUCACCAUUACCCGAGCGGACGUCAAGAGCGACCCCAAGAUCCCCGGCAAAUCCCGCGGCAAACUGUGGCCUUUCAUCAAGAAAAACAAGCCCCCUCCUCCUCCCCCUGCCUCCGCCUCACCCUCUGCUGUUCCCAACGGCCCCCAGUCUCCCAAGCAGCAAAAGGAGCCCCUCUCCCAUCGCCUCAACGACUUCAUGACCUCCAAACCCAAAAUCCACUGCUUCAGAAGUCUAAAGCGCGGGCUUUCUCUGAAGCUGGGGGCGACACCGGAGGACUUCAGCAACCUGCCCCCGGAGCAGAGGCGGAAGAAGCUGCAGCAGAAGGUGGACGAGCUGAACAAAGACAUCCAGAAAGAGAUCGACCAGAGAGACGCGUUGACGAAGAUGAAGGACGUGUACAUGAAGAACCCACAGAUGGGAGAUCCCGCCAGUGUUGCACAGAAACUCAUAGAAAUCGGGAACAACAUUGAGAAGCUGCGGAUCGAGGCGCAGAAGUUUGAGGGCUGGCUGGCGGAGGUCGAAGGACGGUUGCCGUCACGCAACGAUGGCUCGCGCCGGCAGAGCGCCCUGUACGAGACCCAGAACACUGCACCAGUCAGUAACUGCGCCCAGGACCGAGAGAGUCCGGAUGGGAGUUACACAGAAGAUCUGAGCCAGGAGACAGAGGUGAAGGUGACGCCCACAGAAUUUGACGAUGACUUCGAUGACGAGGAGCCCCUCGCCACCAUAGGAACCUGUAAAGCCUUAUACCCCUUUGACGGUGAAAACGAAGGAACCAUAUGCGUAGCAGAGGGAGAAAUACUGAGCGUCAUCGAGGAGGACAAAGGUGACGGCUGGACGCGAAUCCGGAGGAACGAGGAGGAGGAGGGCUACGUCCCCACGUCCUAUAUCGAAGUGUAUCUGGACAAAAACGCCAAAGGUGCUAAGACUUACAUCUAAGCUGCUCUGUGCGGGGGAGGGGCACCGCACCCCUUAAAACCGUCAUGGCCGCCUCUGGGGUGUAUGAAGAACAGAAGCUGUGAUUGGAUGAAAUCGCUGUGUUAUAAGCAUAGCCCCACCCCCAUAGCCCACCGCUCCGCCCAGUCAGGGUGCCGUACCCUCAGAAUCAGCCCCCAAGGCGAUGGUUCGUAGACAGUGCGUCCGGGUGUCUUAUAGUCCGUGAAAUUCCCAUUAUCCGGUAUUUACAGUGGCGCAAAUGUGAAUCACUAGCACCAUUGUUUAUUUUGUCAUGACCGCUUUUUAGACUCCAGGAUGAUGAGGGUAAAUCAGAAGUAGUCCCGUAUCAGAGAAUCGGCGUUUACGGACUACAGACGAGAUCUGCCUAGAUAGCCUUCGCCUCCAUGCUUGUUUGCGGGCCCGCCAUCUGUGUCAUGUUGUGGCUAAUAUUUUAUUUUUUAAAGGGGCGGCUCCGGCCUCAGAAUAAAUGACGUUAUUUUUUAUACCAGUCUGCAGAUUAUUGCAUCACAAGCGCGAUGUUUGGCACCACGGGGUCAGUGACGCAAAUGAAGCCCACCAGAAAUGUAAUAUUUCUAAACUUCCAGAGCUGCACUCAAAAUUCUGCCUCCAUACAAGUCCAAUUUAUCAACUUACAGCU